UUAUUGUUUGUUUAAGCAUUUGUUUUUCUUUUUUGUUAUUCAAUUCUUUGUUUGGAAACUGCUCUUAUGACCAUUACUCUCCUUUCUUUUAUUAUCUCCGUCUCUCUCUUUGCGCAUGACUAUUUGGUAACUUACAGGACUUCACAGUAAUUUGUUUGGAAGUUCAUACAAGACCUAAUGCAUGGCCAAAGGGGUACUGUUGGUUUCUUUCCUGAAACCUUAGUAGACCAUGGAUCUUCAUCAAGUAAUGCUGCUAUAGAACAGCAAGUAUGUUGGAAUAAUAUCCAAAAUCCCAUUGAAAGGAGAUUGCCUGAUUGUUUGCUUUCAACUAAUGACAUGAAUAUCGGACAUGAGAACUCUAUUGCUCGAGAGGAACAUGAGCUGAUUCGAUGGAGCUUUGGAGAGCCUAACUCAAGUGGCACCCAGUGCGAGGCAAUUCAUAAUGAGCGGAAAAUGAACCAUGGGUGGCCAUCUUCCAUGAGUGCUCCUGCAAGUUCUGGUCCUAGGUUAGAAGAGCGGCAGUAUGAGCAGAAAGCUGUAGUUGGCCAAAGUUCCAAUUCUAGUACAGUUCCCCAGGAUAUUAACUUAAAUGCAAGCUUAAUAGAUAAUGAUUAUGAUAGCUGUCAAGUUAUAGAACAAUCUAAUCUAUAUAAGCCUAGUGGACCAGAGAAUGAGCGGAUGUUAACUAUUGUUGGUCCUGAAGCUUUUCUACAUUCUUCUGGAAGUUGUGGGUAUGCCGUUGGUGAUAAUGAUAGCCGACCUGGUUGCUCGUAUGAGGGCAGCAAAAGAAAGGCUAUUGAAGGAAAUGCUGGGAAGUCCUCAUCGAGUGGAAGUUCUCACAAAUUUCAUCGAGCUGAAAAUAGUGUGCGCCGUGGAGUUCCUUCUAGCUGUAGUGUUGGAAGCAGUGUGAAUAUAUCUGCCCCUUCAGAACAGGUGCAACCUGGUCAAGGAUUGGAUGUAAGAGGAUCAGCCUCUGAAAGCAUUCAUGAACCAAUUGUUUUACCACCUGCAGAGGGUGCACAAAGGAAUUUUUGCCGGAGACUAAAUCCUUCAAGAAUGCACCAACCUAUUAUUCCUCCGAUGUUUUCUACAGUUGAUGCAGCUAGGCAGUCUUUUGUUUCGUCUUAUCGGCAAUCAAGACGUAUUCCAACUGAUCCUUCUCUGGACAUAAGGUCAGCAGCAGUGGCAGAUAAUGCAAGUGCACAAAACCCAAGUUUCGUAAACCGUGUUCCAAAUUUGCCGCAAAAUAUGCAAUCAUUUAGGUUGAAUGUAGGUUCUAGUUCAAGAGUUGACAGCUCAUCGAGUUCUAUCUUAUCUGGGGAUAGAGAUGAUGUACCACGUGAGGGCCAUCAAUCAAGAAGCAUGGCUAGAAAUCUAUUAGAUCAUCAUAUGUUUGUUCGUGCACCGGAGUUGAGAGCUAUGGCUAGAAAUCCAACGAAUCGAGGUUUAGGCACUGGAAAUACAAGUGUUUCUGGAAAUGUUGCUUCUACAUAUCGUGGUGGCUCAAGUUCUGGUACCAAUGCAUCAUCUGCUCCCACUUGGGUUGCUCAUCCCAACUCCUCAUCCCAAUACCCACGAAGAUGGUCUGAACUUGUUCGUCGAUCAUCGAUGUCGUCUUCCAUUGGGGCUGAACCUGGAGGCAACGUCAAUCAUUCUCUUCUUGCUUCAGGACUUCCUACGUCUCCACAAGAGAUGUUGCUUUCGUCUGGUGUAGCUAAUCAGGGCCACCAUCGUCAAUACCCUAGGCCAAUGUCAUGGUUGGAAAGACAUGAAGUUGGCUUGGCUGGAAUUCCUCAUUCAUUGCGAACUUUAGCUGCUGCAUCUGAAGGAAGAAGCAGGCGUCUCGCAUCUGAGCUUCGCCAUGUCUUGGAUCUCAUGCGUAGGGGAGAGCACUUGCGACUUGAGGAUGUUAUGAUCCUUGAUCAAUCUGUAUUUUUUGGGGUAGCUGAUAUUCAUGACCCGCAUAGAGAUAUGCGGCUUGAUGUCGAUAACAUGUCGUAUGAGGAGUUGUUGGCUCUGGAAGAGCGAAUUGGAAAUGUAAGCACGGGGUUAAGUGAAGAAACUAUAUUAAACCAUCUGAAGCAACUGAAGUACUCUAGUACGUCAGGAGGUCAGCUAGGGGCAGAACCAUGUUGUAUUUGUCAGGAGGAAUACAAUGAUGGAGAAAACUUUGCGACACUGAAGUGUGGCCACAACUUCCAUGCUGAUUGCAUUAAACAAUGGUUGAUGCAAAAGAACUUGUGCCCCAUUUGUAAAACAACGGGUCUAACUAAAUGAGAGGACAUGUUUUCUGGCAAUUAGUUCUUUCUCUGGUCAGAGAAUGAAAGAACAGACACUGAAGUUUGUGGCUUAGCCUCUUCAAAUGUUGCCAUAAAGCAGCCUUCAAGUGUGUUCACUACGAGAAAAUCCAUGGCAAUUCUAAUUCGAAUGCCAGAGGAACUGGCAAUCAUGUCAAACAAAGCAAUAUUCUGGGAAUUGAAAGCUAAUUUCUACAUUUUUCAUUCUAUCGUUGCACUUGCAUUAUCAGUUUUAUGUAUGAAUCUUCAGCCCAUUGGCGACAUAGAUUAUGUUCAUGUUUUA